CUGCUAAUUCUAUCCUCUGCCCGGGACGAUAGACUAGUAUCAAUCAGCUGACAGUGGAGCGGAGGGAGGGGAAGCACGCGACGAAGGAAGGAAGGAAGCAAGGAAGAGGAGACGAGAGGCGCAGCGAGCACGAAGAGCAGCUUCUCGCGGAUUAGUGCCGAGCAGCAGCAGCAGCAAAGCUGUAGCCAUGGCAGCGGCGUGCGCUUCGAGUGUGGUGGCCGGGGCCGCUGGAUUGAGAACAUCACCGACAGGGUUGGGACCAUGCUCGACGUCCAAGCAAGGCGCUGUGAGCUUCUCGUCAUGCGUGAGUCUGAGGGGCGACUGCGCGUCGCUGAGAAUGGCCGGCACGGCUUCCGCGAAUGCCGUUGCCGCGAGGCAGCCAUUCCAAGUGCUGGCUAUGGCUCCUCCCAAGCCCGCCGGGAAGGCCAAGAAAGUCGUCGGAAUUGUGAAGCUUGCCUUGGAAGCGGGUAAGGCCACUCCAGCGCCCCCAGUCGGUCCAGCUUUGGGUUCCAAGGGAGUGAACAUCAUGGCUUUUUGCAAGGAGUACAAUGCCAAGACAGCUGAUAAACCCGGGUACAUCAUCCCCGUCGAAAUCACAGUUUUUGACGACAAGAGUUUCACUUUCAUUCUGAAAACUCCUCCGGCGUCCGUUCUUCUGCUGAAAGCUGCCGGUGUAGCGAAGGGAUCAAAUAGUCCUCAAAAGGAGAAAGUAGGAAAAGUGACCAAGGACCAAGUAAGGAUUAUUGCGGAAGAGAAGUUACAAGACCUGAACUGUACAUCAAUCGAGUCUGCCAUGAGGAUCAUAGCAGGAACGGCCGCCAACAUGGGGAUAGACAUCGACCCUCCGAUUCUAGUCAAGAAGGAGAAAGUUUUAUACUAGUGAAAUCCGGUUUAGGUCUCUCCAGUUAAAUGUUAGUGAAAAGAAUAUUUACCCUGUAUCAAUCAAUUUAAAUGUAGCGUAGCCCCUGUCUCGCAAAUAUUCAUGUUCAAAGAGAGAUGUCUCUGGACUCAUUCAAGGCGCAUCAAUGGAGUCUCUGUGUACACUACUUGGAUCAGAGUCGUC